AUGGCAACAGCUUCGAUCGAAUCCCGAUCCGCUGCUCCCCUCGAAAAGAGAUCUCCGAGCUUGAGGAGCUCUACAUCUCCUCCGUUGUUCAGUCCGUCCUCAGAUAAGCGCUUUUGGAGCGAGCUCAGAAACCGCGUGGACGCGCUUGUUGAGAGCCGGAAGCCGAUCGACCAAGCGUCGGCCUGGCAGAAGAAUCGCGAAGCGAUUGAUGGGGCGAAGAGAUUGGAGGAGGACUCGAUGCUUUUGCUGAGAGGGUUCGAUUCAGUGGCUCAGUCUCUUUCCCAGCUUUCUAACAAUCUGGAAAAUGCUCUUCAGGGAGCUCGAGAUCUAGCUAAACCUCCGACAUUGACCGAAAUUCUUCACGCCACCCUCGAGAAUGCGAGAACCGAAGAAGGCAUUUCAAAGGAAGAGAUUAAUAAAGAUGAAACAGAAGAGGAAGAUGAUAAUGAGGCAGAUAAGAGAGGACUGAAGAGAAAGCUAGAUACCAACCAGUGCACUGAAAAUCAAGAUGAAGUAGGUUUACUUGAAGCAGAGCAAAAGAUCCCGAAUGAGCUGGAGAAAAUCAAAAGAGCUAAAAGUAUUGCAAUUUCUAUGGCCACAAAAGCUGCCAGCAUGGCUAGGGAAUUGAAGUCGAUGAGAUCCGAUUUGGGGUUUAUGCAAGAAAGGUGUGGUCUAUUAGAGGAAGAAAAUCGAAAACUUCGUGACGGGUUAGAUAAGGGGAUCCAACCAGAUGAAGAUGAUUUGGUAAGGCUUCAAUUAGAAGCACUUCUGGCAGAAAAAUCGAGGCUGGCGAACGAGAAUGCAAACUUGAAGAGGGAGAACCAGUGCUUGAGCCAGCUCGUGGAGUACCACCAGCUGACAUCACAUGAUCUCUCGGCAUCUUAUGAGAAUCUAAUUAAGGAAAUAGGACUCGAUUUUUCGUCUCCCACAGAAAAUGAUGACAUGAUGCCCUUUAGAACACCGAUCGGAGCAGAUAUGUCCGGGUUCCCUAAAUCGUUGGAUAAGUGCUUUGAUGAAGAACUAUGA